AUUUUGCUCACCAUCUUACUUCAUAAUUCUUUUUCCUGCAAGGGUUUAUACAAAUCUCAAAAUCCUAAAGGGGUUUUUCAAGGGUUUUUAUUUUUUUUUCUCAAAACACUCUCAGCCGAUCCAAAAUCGGCGGGAGGUCCUCUACCGCGUAGUUCCAGAUUAUAUAUGUGAUGAACGCAGAGAAAAUGAAUCCGACUCCUCCUCAGGAAAUGGAUGAAGUAGGAAGAAGAACAAGUAGGACGAAAUCGAAAUCCCUGGCGGCGGCGGCGGCGAGAGUAGCCAAGAUUCCUCCUCAGCCGAUUGAGAAGAUCAGUUGUCGUCAGAAGCUGUUGAGCUCACAGUACAUUUUGGCAAAGGUUUUUAGAAAGGAUGGUCCUUCACUUGGUUUCCAAUUCGACCAUCUUCCAUCACCCCGCCGCAGCAAAGGUACUACAAUUCUUCAACAGAAAGGAGAAGAAGAAAGCGUGGCAAGAAAGAGAAAGGUUUCCACGAGUGAGGAUCAGGAUUGCGGCGUUGUUGUAAAGAAGAAACAAUACGGUAUUGGCAAGGGUUUGAUGACAGCAUGGCGGGUUAUGAAUCCUAAUAGUCACGAUAGAGCACCAACAUUAGCUGCUCAAACCUCAUCACCGAAGAAGAAGAAGAACAACAACAAAUCACAAUUAGCAUCAAUCCUGAAGCAGAAACUGUUGCAGAAGAAUAAGAAUAAGAAUAAGAAGUCGCCGGAAAAGAAGAGGAAUUCUAUAAAUAUAGAGACCACCACCGAAUUAAACAAAGAUGAGACGGCAGCAUUUGAUGAAAAAUGUGAGCUUGGGGAGGUAUUUAAAGAAACCUGUCAAACAAUUUCGAUACUUGUUGAUGACGAGGAUUUGGAGCGACAGGAAGGACUUGUCAAUCCUCCGUUAACUUGUUCAUGCCACCAUACUAGUGCUACUAGUAGUGGAUCUUGUUUUCUUUGCAAAGAUCAUUUGUUGCCCAAGUUUCCCCCAAAUUCUGUUGGCAUGAGGCUGCCUUUUGCUUUGCAUCCAUGGAACUCUUCUCCAGAGUCUGUCAAGAAACUUUUUAAGGUUGUCCAUUUCCUGUAUACUUAUUCAGUAACUUUUGAUAUAUGUCCCUUCACAAUUGACCAGUUCACACGCGCAUUUCAUCAUAAGGACUCCUUGCUCCUUGGUAAAAUUCAUCUUUCCCUGCUCAAGUUGCUUCUGCUUGAUGUUGAAACCGAGCUGCAAAGAGGAUCUUUUUCAUCCUUGACUAUAUCAUGCAAGUUUCUAGCCCUGCUACAGUCGGUGGAGAGCCAAAAUCUUAUUCUUGAUAUGUGGAAGGAUUCAUUAAAUUCUCUUACAUGGGCGGAGAUAUUGCGUCAGAUUUUGGUUGCAGCGGGUUUUGGUUCAGUAAAGCGGGCUGUUCAAUCAGAGGAACUAAGUAAGGAAAGGAGACUCAUGAAGAAAUAUGGCCUCCGUCUUGGAACAUUAAAGGGUGAAUUAUUUAGAGUGCUUAACGAGCGAGGCAAAAAUGGCUUGAAAAUAUCCGAGUUAGCUAAUGCUGCAGCAGAGGUUGCUGCGCUGAAUCUUGCAACUGCAUCAUCAGAAGAACGAGAGCGUUCAAUAUGUUCAACGCUCGCAAGUGAUAUUACAAUUUUCGAAAAAAUAUCUGAAUCUACAUAUCGUGUACGUGUUAAUUGUUUCUCUGAGGACCACGAGUCUGAUUCGGGCGAGGAGUCUGGAAGUGUUGAUGAUGAUGAAUCUGGUGAUGAGAUCGAGCGUGUUUCAGAAAGUCGAAAGGCCAAGUGUAGGAAAAGGCGGAAGAUGUUGGAAGUAUGCAGUGAGAUUGAUGAAAGCCAUCCUGGAGAACCGUGGCUGUUGGGGCUAAUGGAGGGGGAAUAUUCAGACUUGAGCAUUGAAGAGAAGUUAGAUGUUUUCAUGGCUUUGAUUGAUCUUCUUAGUUCUGGUUCCACUAUUAGAAUUGAGGAUUUACCCAGAGCUAUGGUUGACUGUGUCCCUAGUAUCUACAGUCAUGGUUCUGGUGGAAAAAUCAAGAGAGCAUCCUCUUCUAAUCAGUACAGUUAUCCACGCGUAUCAUGGGUCCAUGGAGGAGGAGAGCGAAUCGAAGAGCUAUCUUCUAAAUCGUCUGAUUCUCAGCCAGUUGAUUCAUCAUCAAUUGUGGGGGCUUUUACAAAGCUCGCUGGAGAUAAUGUUCACCCUAUGCAAUCUGUAUACCUUGGUUCUGACCGUAGGUUCAACAGGUACUGGCUUUUCUUAGGCCCAUGCAAUCCGAAUGACCCUGGUCAUAGGUGUGUCUACUUUGAAUCUUCUGAAGAUGGUCACUGGGAAGUUAUCAGCCACAAGGAGGCUUUACGGGCACUGUUGUCAGUGUUGGACGAUAGGGGUAGACGGGAAGCUCGGCUUAUUGAGUCAUUGGAGAAACGAGAAAGUUUUCUCUGUCAAGCUAUGUUAAGAAGAAUUGAUCAUUUAGUCAGAGAGGACAGUUCUUCUUCUUCACCGGUUUCUGAUAUAGACAACAACAAUCUAUGUCUGAAUGAGAUUGCCAAUGAUCAACAACAAGCAGCUAUAGUAUUUGAGAUGGGAAGUAAGAGGGAGAAAAGCCGCCUUGUUCAGGAGUUUGAUGAAUGGAUAUGGGAUAAUUAUUAUCUUAAUCUCAAUGCUGUUAAACACAGCCGAAGAUCCUACCUUGACUCACUUACUAGGUGUAAGAGUUGUCAUGAUUUGUAUUGGAGAGAUGAGAAGCACUGUAAGAUUUGCCAUGCUACCUUUGAGCUUGAUGUAGAUCUUGAAGAAAGAUAUGCGAUUCAUGCAGCCACAUGCAGUAGGAAGAAUGAAGAGAGUAGUGAUUCAUUUCCGGAUCAUAAAGUUCUAUCUUCCCAGUUGCAAUCACUAAAGGCUGCAGUGUAUGCCAUUGAGUCUGCAAUGCCUGAAGAUUCCUUGAUUGGUGCAUGGAAAAAGUCAGCUCAUAGGUUAUGGGCCAAAAGGCUUCGACGAAGCUCAACUUUGUCUGAAAUUACGCAGGUGAUUGGCGACUUUGUUGGGGCAAUCAAUGAAGAUUGGUUAUGGCACUUUGGUGAGGAAAACGCAUUAAUGGGAGAAAUUAUAACUAGCUUCCCUUCUAUGCCUCGAACAACUUCUGCGAUUGCCCUCUGGUUGGUAAAACUGGAUACCUGGAUUGCUCCUUAUGUGGUGGAAAAAGCUCAACCUGAAGGGAAUCGAUUGUAACAGGGCCAGAAAUAACAAGUAGGCGAACGUAUAAGCAGUAGUUGUAGCUCUCAUCUAGAAAUCGCGGAAGGGGAUACACGCAGGAGGAAACUUUGUAUAGAGAAGAGAUGUUUUGUUCCUGCAUUAAGUGUUUUUUUUUUGAUAAAGAUAUGUGUAUAGACAUUCUAGGAAGUAGCAGGCAGGAUCAAAUUCGGUUUCAAAUUGUUCUGUUUGCUAAAAUCUUUUUUUCAUUGUAUGGGAAAAACGUAGUUUUAUGUGCUGGUGAGCAUUUUGGGGUUUGUUUUGUGUAAAAUAAAUCGAUCAUCACUGUGUUAUGUGGUGAUCUAACAAUAUAUCUAGAGUUCGAUCCGUACAAACAUUUUCUACAAUUAUGUGUGUUUUGUU